UUCCGAGGGAAGGCGAGCAGCUACAGUGGGUCAUCAGAAGCAAAAGGGUUUGGAUGGAGUCUCAGUAUCUAAAGCAAUGCCUGGGAGAUUGCUUGAAAAAGGGACUGGCAGAGGUUGUGGAGCAUCGGCCAGCAGAUCCAAUAGAGUAUCUUGCACACUGGAUUUACAGUUACAGAAGAAACUUAGAUGAAGAAAAAAAGAGAAUGUUGGAGAGGGCUGAACUGGAACAAGAACGGCAGGCAGCACUAGCAGAGCUUGAAAUAUUAAGAAAAAGGGAGGAAGAAGCAAUGAUCCAGCAGAAACUUGAAGAACAACGUCAGGCUGAGUUGGAGAAAGAACGUGAGAAGCUGGAACUGCAGAGUAAAGAAGAAAACAUGCAGUUGCAGCAGGAAGAUCAAAAGGAAGAUGAAAAGACAGUAUCUGAACUUACAGACAGACCUGGAACACCUGAUUUGACCAAAGCUGAGGAGGAGCCAGAUCCGAGUGGACAGCCUGAGAGUACAACAGAUCUCCCAGCAGAAGCAGAAGAAAGUUCCGAACUGACCUGAAAGCAUUGUAGGUAGCAUGUCUGACUUGGAUGAAGAAAACUGCAACUGAAAUGACAGCAGCAAAUAAAUUUUCUGUGUAUUGCACAUUGAUACUUGAAUUGUAACCAUAAUAAAUACAGACAAAAU